CGUCCCCCACCACGUUGCCAAGGAACGUAGGGGGCGUGAUCCGAGUCGGAUUUUUCCGCAUAUUCGUUAAGUAGGUUAACUCCUUCACACUUUCGACUUCGUUUGGCGACUUCACAGUCAAGUGGUUGUCCGAUGCGGCCGGUUGACCGUUUUUUCCCGUGAACGCCUCGCUUGGUCCGCUAAUUCGCCGCGUCGUCUCGGCUCUAUGCAUUGUUGAACGGGCGCACUCGACCACGGGCACUUUGUUGGAUCGUUAAGGACCCUGGUUAAUGACUUGUUGUUACGUGUUGUUAAUUUGCGAUUAUCAACGGCUGGCUCUUUCACACGUUCAAACGAGCCGUUCAAGUGGAAAACGGAGCGAUUUUUGGUCCUUCGAUCGGGGAUCAUCGCUGUGAGAGGACUUGAGAUUGGUGACUGCCGGUUGCUGUUGUUAUGGAUACGGACGGCCAGAUCCAACAAUACGGCGAGGUGAACCAGCUGGGCGGCGUCUUCGUAAACGGACGCCCGCUCCCGAACGCCAUACGUCUUCGCAUCGUCGAACUGUCCCAGGUCGGCAUCCGACCCUGCGACAUCUCACGGCAACUCCGCGUGUCGCACGGCUGCGUCUCCAAGAUCCUCGCCAGGUACCACGAGACCGGCUCCAUCCUGCCCGGAGCCAUCGGCGGCUCCAAACCCCGCGUCACGACGCCCAAGGUCGUCGCCUACAUCAAGCAGCUGAAACAGAAGGACGCCGGCAUCUUCGCCUGGGAGAUCAGGGACAGACUGCUCUCCGACGGCGUCUGCGACAAGUACAACGUGCCCUCGGUCAGCUCCAUCAGCAGGAUCCUGAGGAACAAGAUCGGAUCCCUGGUGCACCCCUCGCCCCACCACCACCACGCCUCCAUCUACAACUCCAUCUACCCCCCCUACCCCUACAACCCGGCGCAGCAGAAGCUGCACCACCAGGGGGCGCACCAGAGGACGGCGGUUCCGGCGUCGCACUGCUGGCCCAGCUCGCACUCCGUGACCGACAUAUUGGCGGGCGCCUUCAGGGCGCCGCCUGGCGCCACCACGUUGCCGCCCGGUCAGUCGCCGCCCGUCUCGGAACACGCCGGCAACGCCGCGCAGAACUACAACUACUACAUGUACCUACAGUCCGGCAACACGGCGGCGGCGAUGCACAUUAACACGGCGGGGAUGACGCCGCACCACCAUCACCACCACCACGGGUUGGCGGUGCCUGGAGGGACGCAUAUCUAGUACAGGAGGAUUUUUAUUAUUAUUAUAUUUUUUUUUUAUUUAUUUAUUCGUCAUGUUGUUGUGAACGCGGAAGACCGACGAUACUCGUGAGUAAUUUGUGGGGUACCUACUUGCGAUUGUUUUGGGGGGAGUACCUGAAAAGGUACUCGUGAGUUAUUGAGUAAAAAUACCUCUUGAGUUUUUAAGGUUGGGUAUGACGCCGCACCACCAUCACCACCACCACGGGUUGGCGGUGCCUGGAGGGACGCAUAUCUAGUACAGGAGGAUUUUUAUUAUUAUUAUAUUUUUUUUUUUAUUUAUUUAUUCGUCAUGUUGUUGUGAACGCGGAAGACCGACGAUACUCGUGAGUAAUUUGUGGGGUACCUACUUGCGAUUGUUUUGGGGGGAGUACCUGAAAAGGUACUCGUGAGUUAUUGAGUAAAAAUACCUCUUGAGUUUUUAAGGUUGGGUACUCGUUGAUGAAUGUGUACUCUUAGAGUAUUUGAAGAGAAAAAUCCUACUGAGUAUGUACUUAAGAUUGACUACUCGUUAAUAAUUGUGCUCGUGAGUACUAAAAGAUGAAUAUUUUUAACAAGUACUCGUGGGUAAAUUUGAAAUAUUGUCCUUUACAGGAGAUUGUAACAUUGUUGUGGCCAUUGAAAUGUUUCAUACAGAUUCACAAAAAUAUUAUAAAAGUUCUUAAUUCGCAAUUAUAAAUUGAAUAUUAUUUAUUCAUAUUAAAAUUUUGUUAAAUCUCCAUCGAUGAGUAGCCAUAUUGAAAAUUUUUCAAGAGUUACUACGACUAUACUUCAUAUUGUUGAUGAGUGAUCCUUGAGUUUUUGAAUAUCAAGUCAAAAAUAUUAAAAAAUCAAUAGAUAUUCACAGAUCACAGUUCAAACGAAAAUGAGAGAUUAAUCGAAUCAUUUUAUGAAAAAAAGUCAUAUAAAUAUUAUCCCGCAAACGCUUUUUUUUUCGAAAUGCAGGGUGUUAAAUUUUUAUCCUUUUUUCAAGUUUUUGCUCAAAUCACCUUCCCUUCACAAGAUAUUUAAUUUUAAUGUGACAUAGACAUUCCAAUUCGAAGUUUCAUCAUUUGAUAUGCUAAUUUUGAAUGCAAAUCUAUCCAUAUGAUAUUUUUCUGGAACAGUAUUCGCUUUUUUCAUCCAAAACUUUUUUUGGUAGACCACUGAUAGUUUAAAAAAAAAGUUAAAGAAACUUUGGUACAAUAUACUACACUUUUUGGUUUGUGGUUUGUAGGAAACACCCUGUAUCUAUAAAACACAGCGUUUACGGGCCAAUAUUCAUAGAACUUUUUAUCCUUAAAAUUAACCAAGAAAUUGUCAUUUUUCUUUUUACCUUCAAUUUAGGAACACCCUGUAUAUGCGUUAAGUUCAAAUAAUCGAGUUUGACCCACACAUAUUAUUUACAAGUAUAGUCAAAUUGAAAUCUAAGUAUGUACAUAUUAAAAAAAGUAUCAACGAUAAAUCUUUCUAAUCCAGUAAUCCAUCAAAUACAGUUGAAUUAUUAUCGUAACUGAUGUUGCUAAGUAGGUACCUGCUCUGAAACUCACGAGUGUCCUCAGUUAUGGUAAACCAGAGAUGGUAAAACUGGGUAUUACAGUUGCAUUUCUUAACUGAAAUAAUAUAUCAGUAGACAAAGCACCAAAAAAAUUGUAGGCAAAAUUCAGAUAACGAAAAGUUACUAGAUUCAUACAAUUUUCCAAUCAUAGUAAAGCUCAACACCUGCUGUGCCUUUUUCGAAUUGCUCUCAAUGUAGAGUUUUGUUUUCGAAUGUACGUGAUUUCAAAAGAUGCCUCUCAUAUUGAAACAUUUCGUUUUGCAUGAUCAACUUAGAGAAAAAGUUGACCAGAAGCAACAAAAGAUUAAAUUUUUGAAGAUUUUUGAAGAAUUAAUAAGAAUAUUUUUUAAAAUCAAUAGAUACUAUAUUUUCUUGGAAUGAAAAAUUUUUCAUGGAAAAAGUAUUUAAUGUUCCAAUAGUUCUAGAGAUCGCAUUGAAUGAAAGAAUGAUUUUAUUACAUAUUAAUCAUAUCAUUUCAUUUCCAUCUGGUUAUUACAUUUUGCCUCUUGCAUAUAACACGCAUAUACGAUUUAACUCGAAGAUUGCCUCCAAAUAGAAAUUUUUGAUAUUUAAUUUAUAUGUAUACCUAUGUGAUUUUUUGAAAACAAUCAUCCUCAGCCAACUCGUACGACAUAUUAUUUAGGUGGAAUAUUUGGAAUGUACGAGUUUGGUGAUCACCAAAAAUAAUCUAGUCUUGAAUUUUAUUCUAUUCGGAUGAUUGUCUCCUUAAAACACCGAUGUAUUUGUAAAAUUGCUUCUAAGGCUUUAUUUGUAAAUAUGAUUCUUACGCUACUUGAUUUGUUGUACAAGGGUGAAUCGAUUUUGGUAUAUAGAAAAAAAAGUGUAUUUUUUGAUUCCUGAUGUGUUUUUAAGUUUACCCUUGCGAGAUUCUAUUUUGUUUAAAUAUCUGCUUAUAUCUAGUUUGUAAGGAUAUGGUUACUAGUAAAAUUGACUGACACAAUGUUAUGGUUGUAUUCCUAUCUUGAAAUAUAUUAUUUCAUUAUUUUUA